AUGGCGUUCACACCAUUCUUCCAACGACCUUCACUGGUCUAUGGUUCUGCCAUCGCACUCCGCGCCAUCCUCCUCAUCUAUGGCGCAUGGCAAGACGCCCACUCAGCCGUCAAAUACACCGACAUCGACUACAUGGUGUUCACGGACGCCGCGCGGUAUGUCGCGCAUGGUGCGUCGCCGUACGCGCGAGACACGUACCGCUACACGCCGUUACUCGCGUGGCUGUUAACCCCUACCUCCUGGACUUCCGCCGGAGGUGCUUUCUUCCUCUUCGGGAAGGUUCUGUUCGCGCUCUCCGAUGUGUUAGCGGGUUGGUUAAUCGUUAAAUCCCUGACCUCGGCGGCGUAUGGGAUGGAUGUGGUGCGAGCGCGCAAGUACGCGGCCGUGUGGUUGCUGAAUCCCAUGGUCGCGAAUAUCAGUACCCGGGGCAGCUCGGAGGGGUUGCUUUGCGUGUUGGUUGUUGCGUUGUUGUGGGCUGUUCUUAGGGGGAGGGUUACCCUGGCGGGGGUGUUGUUGGGUCUGAGUGUGCAUUUUAAGAUUUAUCCGUUUGUGUAUGGUGCCGCGGUGGUUUGGUGGUUGGAUGGGGAGAGGGAGGUCGCUCUUAGGAAUGCAGUGGAUGGGGAGAAGGCGAAGGCGAAGGCCAAGACCUCGUCUCAGUCUACUGCUUCUGUGAAAAAGAACCAGGAGGAGGAGGAGGACAUCCUCUCACAAAUCUCCUCCUUCCUCACCCCCUCCCGUCUCCAUUUGACUCUCACCGCGCUGGCCACCUUCUCGGCCCUCAACCUCUCCAUGUAUAUCAUCUAUGGAUAUCCGUUCCUGCAUCAUACCUACCUGCACCAUGUCACGCGGAUCGACCAUCGACAUAAUUUCUCGCCCUAUAGUACGCUGCUGUACCUGUCUGCGUCUGCUAUGGGAGCACCACCAGGAGCACCACCCGGUACAGGAAUAGGGUCAGGGGCGGAGGCAGAGAUCGUGCACGGCUCGUUCGAAUCCCUCGCGUUCAUUCCGCAGUUGUUUCUCUCCGUUGUGGCUAUUCCGCUCGUCUUGGGGAAGAGGAGUUUACCGGGGACGAUGCUCGCGCAGACGUUUGCGUUCGUGACGUUUAAUAAGUACUUCCUAUGGUACCUUGUCUUCCUCCCCUUCUACCUACCAGAGUCAUCUCUUCUCCAAAAACCAAAACUCGGUCUUGUAGCUGCUGCGUUGUGGGUUCUUGCUCAGGCCCUCUGGCUCUACCAAGGCUACCUCCUCGAAUUCAUCGGGCUAUCGAGCUUCGUCUCGGGCCUGUAUCUCGCGGGGCUAGGGUUCUUCGCGGUGAAUGUUUGGUUGUUGGGGAUUAUUGUGGGGGAUGUUGGUGCUGUUUGCUAG